CAACACCAGUAAAAAGUACCCCCAACUCCCUCCAAAAACUUCCCUCCUUAUUCUCUCCCACUGUUUCUUGAUUUCUUCUUUAGUAAGCAGUACUUACAAAGACUUCCUAUCUUUCUAGCUAAAGCUUUAUGCCAUGGCUCUUCUGUACUCAAAAUCUGCUUCAUUUUUGGCUUGUAUCUUCUGCUUCACUACAAUUCUAUGCCUAAACCUGCUGCAAUUUGACAGUGCCUCGGCAGUCUUGUUAGUGGGUUUGAGGAAUCAGCACAGUCACCCUCACCAUAGAAGGCCAAUGCUCCAAGCCAACCAGAGCUCAUGCUCCUUGUUUGUGGGCUCCUGGGUUCGUGAUGAUACUUAUCCUUUUUAUCCAUCUUCUUGUCCCAUCAUCGACCCUGAAUUCAACUGUCAAGCGUAUGGCCGACCCGACUCUGAUUAUCUCAAAUUUCGUUGGAAACCAGCCAACUGUGAUCCUCCCAGGUUCAACGGGCUGGAAUUUCUGAUAAAAAUGAAAGGGAAGACUGUCAUGUUUGUGGGCGAUUCACUGGGACGCAACCAAUGGCAAUCUCUAAUUUGCAUGAUUUCAGCUGGGGUCCCAAGUUCCCCAACGCAAUAUCAGAGGGGUGACCCUCUGUCAACCUUCAAAUUCUCGGAAUAUGGUGUGUCCGUGUCGUUUUACAGAGCACCAUAUUUGGUGGACAUAGACACGGUGCAAGGCAAGAGAGUGCUGAGAUUGGAUGACAUAAGAGGAAAUGGUAAUGCGUGGAGGGGAGUGGAUGUGCUGUCAUUUAACACAGGUCACUGGUGGUCUCACAGAGGAGCUCUUCAAGGGUGGGACUAUAUGGAGUCAGGUGGAAGCUUGUAUCGAGACAUGGAUCGCUUGGAUGCAUUGGAGCAAGGUCUGAGAACGUGGGCCAGAUGGGUUGAUGCAAAUAUUGAUGCUAGUAGAACCAGGGUCUUCUUUCAGAGUAUCUCGCCUACGCAUUACAACCCCAGUGAGUGGAGCACAGGUUCAGCAACAGCAGCCAAGAGUUGUUAUGGUGAAACAUCCCCAAUGACAGGGACAACCUAUCCAGGAACCUACCCGGAUCAAAUGACUGUUAUAAAGACAGUGAUGAGCGACAUGAACUACCCUCCAUUUUUGCUUGAUAUUACUUUGCUCUCAGCAAUGAGGAAAGACGCUCACCCUUCCAUUUACAGUGGUGAUCUCACCCCUGAGGAGAAAGCCAAUCCUGACCAUUCUGCUGAUUGUAGCCAUUGGUGCCUGCCUGGCUUGCCUGAUACUUGGAAUCAACUAUUCUACACUGCCAUGUUCUUCUGAACUCAUUUUAGGCCUUUCUGUUCACCCUUUCCGUUCGGAUUUCUUUUUUUUUGUCUUUUUCAGUUGUCCUUUCUCUGUAGGUGUUGAUGCAAUAUUAUACCCCAGGAAAGCUGAGGCUAAGAAAUCUCCUCUCCUGCUUGUAACAUACAGUGCAUUUAAUUAGGUGGUUGGACUGAAAGGAUAUGAACAUAUAUUUAAUGAUUCUGUAUAUUCAAAAACAAGUCUUACCUUUGCAGCAGAACGAAUGUAGAAAGUGUGUUGAAUUUCA